AUGUCUGCCCCCGGAGCUGGCCACGAAUUCCCUGCCCAACAGGUGUCCUGGCAGAAGCGAGACGUCCUGCUGUUCGCGAACAGCAUCGGCGUCAAGGUCGACGAGUUGCACUUCCUCUACGAGCUGCACCCGAACUUCUCAGUCUUCCCCACCUACCCCGUGAUCCUCCCCUUCAAACUCACCGAUCAGGAAGUGAUUGAUUUCUAUGCGCGCCAGAAGGCGGUUCACAUUCCCGGUGUUCCCGAAUUGGAUUACCGCCACAGCGUUGAUGGCCAGCGCAAGAUUACCGUCCUGAAGCCGCUCCCUCCGACCAGCGCGGGCCGCAAGUUCGAGUUGCGCAACAAGGUCAUCGGUGUCUACGACAAGGGCAAGCCCGGCACUGUCAUUGAGACUGAACAGUCAAUCGUUGAUAAGGAGAGCGGUGAGGUGUAUUCCAAGGUUCUGAGCAGCGGCUUCUUGGUCGGCCAGGGUAACUGGGGUGGCCCUAAAGGUCCUUCUACUGUUAACUUCCCUCCUCCCGAGGGCAAGAGCCCCGAUGCUAUUCACGUUGUUCAGACCAACAUGGAGACUGCCCACUUGUACCGCCUGAACGGCGACUACAACCCUUUGCACGCCACCCCCGAGCCCGGCAAGAAGAUGGGCUUCGGCGGAACCAUCAUCCACGGCCUGUUCAGCUGGAACUGUACUGCCCAUGGUAUCCUGCGGGAGCUUGGUGGCAGCGACCCCGCUAACAUGAAGGAAUUCCAAGCCCGCUUUGCUUCGCCCGUGCGGCCGGGUGACCAGCUCACCACCGAGAUUUGGCGGAUGGGCAAUGCUCAGGCGGAUGGUUUCGAGGAGGUCCGCUUUGUCACUAAGAACCAGACUGGCAAAGUUGUUUUGAGCAACGGUCGGGCUCUGCUCAAGGUGGCCGGAGCAAAGAGCAAGCUCUAA